GGCCCGGGGCCCUCGGGGUCGGCUGCUCGGCCACCACCGGAGUUGCAGGUCUUAGCCAUGAACUCCCCUGGAGGAAGGAGGCAGGAAGCUGCAGGACCCAGGGGGAGAAGGGCUCACAGACCCCGGGAACAGGACCGAGAUGUGCAACUGUCCAAGGCUUUAUCCUACGCUCUGCGUCACGGGGCCCUGAAGCUGGGGCUUCCCAUGAGGGCUGAUGGCUUCGUGCCCCUGGAUGCCCUCCUCCAGCUGCCCCAGUUCUGCGGCUUCUCAGCUGAGGAUGUUCGGCGCGUGGUGGACACCAACCAGAAACAGCGGUUCGCCCUGCAGCCAGGGGACCCCAGCACUGGCCCUCUCAUCCGGGCCAAUCAGGGUCACUCCCUGCAGGUACCUGAGUUGGAGCUGAUGCCCCUGGAGACCCCCCAGGCCCUGCCCCUGACGCUCGUCCAUGGCACAUUCUGGCGGCACUGGCCUUCCAUCCUGCUCAAGGGCCUGUCCUGCCGGGGAAGGACACAUAUCCACCUGGCCCCAGGACUGCCUGGGGACCCCGGUGUCAUCAGUGGCAUUCGGCCAAAUUGCGAAGUGGCCGUGUUCAUCGAUGGGCCCCUGGCCCUGGCAGACGGGGUCCCCUUCUUCCGCUCUGCCAACGGAGUGAUCCUGACUCCGGGGAACGCCGAUGGCUUCCUGCUUCCCAAGUACUUCAAGGAGGCCCUGCAGCUACGCCCUACCCGAAAGUCCCUGUCCUUGGCUGGUGAUGAAGAGACCGAGCGUCAGAGUGGCCCCAAGCACAGCGCCAGAGGAAAAAGGAUGACCCAACAAUAAAAUAUUUAUUUAAAAAAACAACAACAAAAAAAGGAAUGUAGAAAGAUGACAAAACAGAAAUUCCAGUUGGAAACCAUGAAUUAUCCUGUAGCUACAGCCGGGCUUCUUGAUGUGCUCAGGACUACAGCUAGGUCGGGGGUGUUGGUCUCGGCCACUCGGACAAGGAGAGGGUGGGCGUCGUACGAGCUCAUAGCCCACCCUCUCUAGCCCCCGGGGGAUGGCAGAGUCUGGUCCAGUUAGGUCCCCGGUCUGCACGAAGCCAGUUGACAGCAGGGGAGCGUGCCCAGCUCAGUGCCUGUCUGGAGAGGGUGUGGGCUUAGGAGUGGCCAGAGCAGGUAGUGAGCAAAGUGGGGACAAUAAGACAGGCCUCAGAAGGCCUCGUGGCCUCCUGUGAGCUGCAGGAAGAGGUCCUCGUCCAGUUCUUCCCCGCGGGCCCGCUCCCUUGUCGACAGGAAAAUGUAGCCCCCGAUGUA